UGUUUGAUUGCUCUGUCGAUGCUGUUGAAGGUAGAUUCCCCUCCUUGCUCCAUCGCUCGACGUGCGGCAGCGCAGUCUGGUCAGGGAGGAAGAGGUGGAUGAUUGGGGCUGUAUGUGUUUUCAUCUGCGCUGACAGAACACAGUGGAGGGAUGCUGAAAAGAAACCCCCCAAUAAUUGAUAUAAACAAAGCUUCACCAUGAAUCUUUUACCUUCCAACCCUCAUGGUAAUGGUCUGUUGUUUGCAGGCUUUAACCAGGACAAUGGGUGUUUUGCGUGUGGAAUGGAAAACGGCUUCCGCGUUUACAACUCCGAUCCACUGAAAGAAAAAGAAAAACAAGAGUUCCUGGAGGGCGGUGUUGGUCAUGUUGAAAUGUUGUUCCGAUGUAACUAUUUAGCACUAGUUGGAGGUGGAAAAAAGCCAAAGUACCCCCCUAAUAAAGUGAUGAUAUGGGACGAUUUGAAAAAAAAGACAGUCAUUGAAAUAGAAUUUUCCACAGAAGUCAAAGCGGUGAAGCUACGUCGAGAUCGGAUUGUGGUGGUUCUAGACUCCAUGAUAAAAGUUUUCACCUUUACCCACAACCCCCAUCAGCUGCAUGUAUUUGAGACCUGCUACAACCCCAAAGGUCUUUGUGUAUUAUGUCCGAACAGCAACAACUCCCUGCUGGCAUUCCCUGGCUCUCACACAGGACGUGUGCAGAUAGUGGACUUGGCCAACACAGAGAAGCCUCCUGUGGAUAUCCCUGCACACGAAGGAGCCUUGAGCUGCAUAGCCCUCAACUUGCAAGGGACACGGAUCGCCACUGCUUCAGAGAAAGGGACACUAAUAAGGAUAUUUGACACUACAUCGGGGCACCUAAUUCAGGAGCUGAGGAGAGGAUCACAGGCAGCAAGUAUUUACUGCAUAAAUUUUAAUCAGGAUGCGUCUCUAAUUUGUGUAUCGAGCGAUCAUGGCACAGUACAUAUCUUUGCAGCAGAGGACCCAAAAAGAAACAAACAGUCAAGUUUGGCAUCUGCAAGCUUCCUUCCAAAAUAUUUCAGCUCCAAAUGGAGCUUCUCCAAGUUUCAGGUUCCCUCAGGCUCUCCCUGCGUCUGUGCCUUUGGCACAGAACAGAAUGCAGUAAUAGCUAUCUGUGCAGAUGGCAGCUACUACAAAUUCUUAUUCAACCAAAAAGGAGAAUGCUCAAGGGAUGUGUAUGCCCAGUUUUUGGAAAUGACAGAUGAAAAGAUUUGACUGAAACAGAAAUGCUGAGGGCUCUGCUGUUACCUGCUACCUUCAAGAGGAUUUAUGAUAAAUUCUUUUAUUGAUUUCAAUUGUACACUCACAGGACUAGAAUGGGCCUUGAUGGAAGUAUGGCUAAGCACUACAGGAACACCAUACAGAGGACUGAAUGAACCCUGUGUCAUGUGAUUUUGAAAAACUUUUUUAUUUGUUGUUUUUGCAGAGAAAUAUUAAAAACAUAUUACUUCUUUGACUGUCA